UCGGCUAUCGGGCAGGAAAAACUGUACAACCCUCCAAAUUUUCUGCAUCGCCUCCCCCCCGUCACCCGGCAUACCAAGAGAUUUUGUUGAAAGGGUUUCAAGUGGCGAUGGCCGAAUAAGUUUUCGUUUCUUCCCGCAGCACAUUUGGGCAGUGUACGAUACGUAGGAAGUGGUCAAGUGGAAAGUGAAAUAUCGCAACCUGUUCCCAUCGUCGGCAAAGUUUCGUGCUGCUUGUGUCAUAUAGUCAGUCGAAAUCGUGCGUGUAUCGAUCGCGUGAUAGCACGGCAGCUGAUAGCAGGAAUAUCGCCGCACGCUGAAAGCCAUCGUUGAAAAGCGCAGCAGUCAUUCAAUUUUAGUUCAUUACGCUCGCGAAGGAUUGCAGCUCGAGGAUUCCUAAACAAUGAGUGAAGGAAACGCUAAAGAGGUGGUCGCUGAAGCGACGGUUGUUGCUGCAGGGGGAACCACCGAGAAGGGCACCAAAAAGAAACAAUCCGGACGGAGCGUAGAGGAAAGCAAACCAUCGUUGCCUGUAGCGAACGGAGAACCUGGUUCGCAGGAUACCGCAGGAGCAGACGCCAAGGGAGAGACCGCUGGGGCCGGGGGUGAGGGUGGUAGUGUAAAAUCGUCAAAGCAGCAGAAGAAGAAAAAGAAGAACAAAUCGAACCAGAAUCCGGAAACCUCGUCAACAUCACAGCUGAACGGAGAGACUGUAUCGGAAUCGGAACAGGUGGUAACGGACGGCUUGAAGGCAGACAAGACGGAUGGCGCCGGGGAGGAAGGUGAAGCGGUUGGAUCUGGCAGCGGUCUGACGAUGAGCUCGGAUGCGGCAGACAUGAUGAAGAACGUCCGCGACGUGUUGGAGCGGCUGAAGAUCAACUCACGCGUACUGAAGCCGGCUAAAACGCCGGAAGAGGCGUUGCAUAAAUCUUUCAAAUUCUGGUCGACACAACCGGUGCCACGGAUGGAUGAGAAAAUCCAAGCGAACGAACCGAUCGAGGCGGACAAACAGUUGAGUGAAAUCCGCCAGGAACCGUACGCACUGCCGGACGGUUUCAGCUGGGACACGAUGAACCUCAACGAUCCACUGGAGCUGAAGGAACUGUACACGCUGCUGAAUGAGAACUACGUCGAGGAUGAUGAUGCCAUGUUCCGGUUCGACUAUCAGCCGGAAUUUUUGCAGUGGGCUCUGCAACCACCCGGUUGGAAGCGCGAGUGGCAUUGUGGCGUGCGAGUGGUCAAGUCGGGCCGGCUGGUAGGAUUCAUUUCCGCCAUUCCCGGUACGCUAAACGUGCACAAGAAGGAGCAGCGGAUGGUGGAGAUCAACUUUUUGUGCGUGCACAAGAAAUUGCGAUCAAAACGACUGGCACCGGUGCUGAUCCGGGAGAUUACCAGACGCGUCAAUUUGACCGGAAUCUUCCAGGCGGUGUAUACUGCCGGUGUCGUACUACCGAAGCCUGUCUCAUCCUGUCGUUACUGGCAUCGUUCGCUGAACCCGAAGAAGUUGAUUGAGGUGAAAUUUUCCUACCUAUCACGUAACAUGACCAUGCAGCGGACGAUCAAGCUGUACAAACUGCCGGAGCAACCGAAAACACCCGGUUUCCGCAAACUGCGUGAAACCGACCUGAAGGCCGUCCACAAGCUGCUGGAGACAUAUCUGCAACGUUUCAACCUGACACCGGUGUUCGAUGAGGAGGAGAUGCGCCACUGGUUCCUACCGCAGAACGGCAUCAUCGACUGUUUCGUGGUGGAAGACCCGGCCCAGCCCGGCUCGAUCACCGACAUGGUCAGCUACUACACGCUCCCCUCGACGGUGAUGCACCACGCGGUGCACAAGUACGUGAAGGCCGCGUACAGCUUCUACAACGUCGCAACGUCCACGCCCUGGCUCGACCUAAUGAACGAUGCCUUAAUUUCGGCCAAAAACCUCGGCUUCGAUGUAUUCAACGCGCUCGACCUGAUGGACAACAAGCAGUUCUUGACGCCGCUCAAGUUUGGUAUCGGCGACGGCAAUCUGCAAUACUAUCUGUACAACUGGCGCUGCCCAAGCAUGCAACCGGAAGACGUCGGAUUGAUACUGUUGUAAACACUCGGUGGGCUCAUUGUUUGGCUGGUGGCGGCAGACGGAACCAAAGCAUUCUUAUCGAACCCCUUCCGACACAUAUUGGCCCGGAACGAACAAUGCUUUAUGCGCUGGCGUUAUGCUCAUUUUACUCUUCUCUACUAUCCCUCACGUUAUUAAUCAUGUAGCUCAGGGAGGUUGCCCCUAAAAAGGAGAAAAAUUUGUGUAUUGUUUCUCUUUUUUAAUUUUUUUAAUCGGCUUUUGUCUCACACAACAACACUGCAACCAACCGAGGAACGGGGUUUGGUGGUCGUCCUGAAGGUGUCGGCUGAAAAAUAAACCAUUCAACAUACAUGCUAAUCUUUAUUUAGAGAUUUCUGGGUAUCAAUACGUAAUUUCCUUUCGAUUACUGCCCAAUUCAGAACGAAAUGCAGUCGUAUUAAUACAUCGUUAAUGUGUGUACAGUGGAAUAGUAGUGUAACACUCGAAUGUAAAACCAUACUUUCUGUUAUAUCACUACCAAUUAACGCAGUCAAUAAAAAGAACGAUUAAAUCAACUA